AUGACUAGUACACGACAGGCAGUCGUACCUAACCUAGCACCAGUGCAAAAUUUUUUUGCUCACCCACCGGAACAUAUUCACAUGCAAAACAAUUCCGACAAAGCCCGAAUCUGGAAGGAUUGGAUUCAACAGUAUACAUGUUUCGAACAAGCAUCCGGAAUUAAGGACCUACCAGCAGCACGCCAAGUGGGAAUUCUAAUGAAUAGACUUGGUCCAGAUGUCAUCGGAAUAUUCAAAGGCUUGCAGCUAACGGAAGAGGAAAAGAACGACCCGGAGGCUAUCAAAAAAGCUUUUAAUGAUGCAUAUUGUCCAACAGCGAACCCGACAUAUAGUACGUACAUUUUCCUGAAAACGGAUCAACAGCCGGGUGAAAGUUUUGAUGAUUUUCUAAUCAAACUGCGAGCGGCAAUCCGUGAUUGUGAUUUCGGUACAGUACAUGAGGGCAUGGAUAUCAACGAUCGAUUGCUGAAAGACAAAAUCGUCCUCGGAAUUUCCAGCCAAAAGGUACGCGAAAAAUUGUUGAGUGACUCAAAACUAACAUUAGAAAAAGCAAUCCAGAUCUGCAAAGCAAGUGAGAAGACGACUGAAACUUUGAAGGAAAUGGAUGCCGAAAAUCGGGUCUGCAACACUGUUAGAUCGGACGACGAUGAUAAAUUAUUCCUCUGUAAACGCUGUGGCUCGAAACACACUAAAAAAAGUUGUCCAGCCUACAAAAAACAGUGUUCGAAGUGUGAAGGAUUUGGUCAUUUUGCGAAGUGUUGCUUUAAAAUAAGGAAGAAGGAACUAGACAAGAAAAAUCCCAAGGAAAAAACAGCUGCCACAAUACAGAAAAAUUAUGAAGAAGACUCUUCCGAGGCAGAGAUCGAUCUGUACCUGCACGCAGUCGAUACAGAUGAUGAUGAUGGCGAUUGGUUCGAAGAUAUAAUAAUUGAUAACAUGAAGGUGAAAUGCAAGCUAGAUUGCGGAGCACAGUGCAACGUAAUACCAUUAAAUGUUGCAAAGAAAAUUAGUAAACAGUUCAAGAAUUCGAAAACAAAGUACAUCGUUUCGUACAACGGAGAUAAAACUAAAGUGAAAGGCGAACUAACGGUGACAGGGUUCGUGAAUAAACGCAAAGUCGAUAUUACUUUCAAGGUAGUUGAUUUGAAAGUCGUCCCGAUUCUGGGCAAAAAAUCCUGCGUAGAAAUGGAAUUGAUAAAGCGCAUUAAUUCCAUCAACAGCCAAGAUGAUAUUUUCCAUGGACUGGGUUGUUUCAAGAAUUUCGAGUACAAGUUAGACUUUAAACCGGAGGCAACAUUCGAGAUCCGUCCAACACGAGCAAUUCCGCACAAGAUACGCGAUGAAGUGAAGGCAGAGUUAGAUAGAAUGGUCGAAAUGGGUGUGAUAAUCAAGCAAGAUGAACCUACACCCGUCGUUAGUAACAUGAUCGUCGUACGCAAAAACAACAAAAUCCGUUUGUGCAUCGAUCCGACCGACGUAAAUAGAAAUAUUCUUCGUCGGCACUACCCAUUACGCACCGUCGAGGAAAUUGCACCCAGAAUUAGAAAAGCUAAGUGGUUUACUAUCCUCGAUUGCAAAAAAGGCUUCUGGCAAGUUAAAGUAGCACCGGAAUCCCAGAAGUAUCUGACAUUCGGCAUCCCGUGGGGUCGUUACUCAUGUUUGCGUCUGCCGUUUGGUCUAGCAUCAGCACCCGAAGUCUUCCAAAACCUAAUUGCAACAUUAUUAGACGGAAUUAAUGGAACUGACGUGUCGAUGGAUGAUAUCCUGAUCUAUGCCGAAACACAGGACCAGCUGAACGAGAUCACCGAGAAGGUGCUCGAAAUAAUAUAUGUUCGAGGAAACAACGUGCCUAUUGCUGAUACCUUAAGUCGAGACGUGGACAAUCCAAUACCGGAAAACGAAGAUCAACUAGAAGUGCACGUCUGUCUCAACGUGUCCAAAGCUUGGAUGAAGGAUAUCGUGGAGAAAACUAGUGAAGAUGCCACUCUUCGGAAACUCAUUGAAACCAUUAAUGCCGGCUGGCCAAAACUUCCUGAAACGAUCGACCCAACGCUCAGACAAUAUUGGAAUUAUCGCGACGAGCUUUCUACGUACGAGGGUAUAAUUUUCAAAGGAGACCGUUUGUUGAUUCCAUAG